AUGGCAGCACUCGAAAAGAAACGAAACAUGUUUAGCUUUGGUGGUGAUGACGAUGAAGAUGAUGAUGAUAGAUUCAUUAGUUCUGUGCAGCCAUUACCGAGCAACACUGUUGAACGUUCUGCUUUCACAGCAGCCGACUUUGACCCAGAUACCUUUCUCUCUAGCCGUAGACAUUUGGGCCUCGAGCGUAUGAAAGCAGAGCUCAACACUCACUUGAAACAGCUGAAGACUGAACUAGUAGAGCUGAUCAACCGAGAUUAUCAAGACUUUAUCAAUCUCUCUACCAACUUGAAAGGCGUGGAUAAGGACAUUGAGGAACUGAAAGCACCAUUAGCAGACAUGGAAAUCCAAGUCAAGGGUGUGCGUGAUUAUUUCCAAGGUGUGAUUGAUUCAUUAGAGUUACAACUUCAAAGCCGAGCACAGCUUAGGGAUAAAAAAUCUGUCCUCAAACUAUUACUCAAUAUCCAUGAUUCAGUAACCAAAGUCGAGGAUCUAUUAGGCAUCAAUUCAGAUCUAGUCAAGCAUUCCUUUGAGAGCGCAGAGCACGAUCAUGUUGUCGUCGUGGAUGACAAUCUUGGUAAACAGAUUGAACGUGUAGCAAUUGAAUACAAUCAAAUGCAACAUCUCGUUCGUCGUGGUAAAAACCUGGCAUUUGUCACUGAAAAUGAAUGGAGGAUCACUCGCAUCAAGGAUACAAUGGAACAAAAGUUAUCCAAAGCACUGUCAGCAGCAUUAUCACAAAUCAGACUUGGAGAAGUGACCAAGGCCACCAAACAAUCGUUAACAGAAUGUCUGCGCACCUAUGCAUUGAUUGAUCAAACACAGAUUGCGGAAAGGAUCAUUCGAGAAGAGUUUAUCAAGCCUUUUUCAAACAAGUGCAUUACACAGAAAGCAGUAGAGGGAGCAAAAAAUUACGGUGGAUCACCUUCUUCGGCAACAGCGUCAGAGCAUCCAUUGGCAGUGAUGUACAACAAGAUCCUGCAAUUUACAUCGACUGAUUUGAAGCCUAUCUUGGAUAUCACCCAAAAGACAUUGAAGGGAUCCAAUUACGAGAUAUUAGUGAACUCCUUGUGGCUGGAGAUUGUGGAGAGGAUCAAUAGGGAAUGCAAGAGCAUAUUUGCUGCUGGACAAACAGAUGUAUUUCACAAGAACUACUUGGCUACAGUGUCAUUCAUCUCUGAGUUGGAGGGAUUAUGCAGUUCCAAGCGAUCCUUACUCUUUCUUCGAAACCAUCCGACAUAUGCAGAGUUUAUGAAGAAAUGGCAGUUACUGGUUUAUUUUCAGUUGCGAUUCCGCGAAAUCAUCAAGGAUGUGGAGCAAGUAUUGAACGAUCCCAAAUCCAGUAUUGUUGUGGAAGCAAAUCAAGAGAUCAGCCUGUAUGGAGGAAGAGUGAUUCUAAAGGCCAUCAACCAGUGUUGGUCAGAUCAGAUAUUUUUGUACGGAUUGUCGCAUCGAUUUUGGAAGUUGACAUUACAGCUGAUCAAACGAUACAGUGGAUGGGCCCUUGAAGUGAUCAACGCCAAUUAUGCUAAUGAUGCCAAGAUUCUGACUCUUCUAGCGCAUGAUAUCAUCCACUUUACCAAGAUUGUCAAAAAUCAGACAUUAGAAACAAUGUUGCCCAAAUUACCUACCAAUAUCCAAGAUGGCCCACUCUUAAAAGACAGCAUGAAUGCAGCCUUAGAUCAGUUACAACAAUCGACUGUACCCACUAUAAAUGAGACCAUCACCAACAACAUUAGCGCUAAUUGCUUAGAGACACUAAAAUCCAUCAAAAGUGUGACAAAUCAAUAUCGCCAUAGUGACAAGCCCAAGCCAACCGAGCCAUCCUAUUUUAUACCCAACAUUUUCAAGCCGUUUCACACAUUUGUUGAACAAAAUCAAGCCAGUGUGUGCGAUGAACUUGUGGACGCGUGGACAACACUGGUUGCAAGAGCAGUGGUCUCACAGUACACAACUGCAUUGGACGAUAUAUUAUCGAGUUUGACAAAAACAGAGAAAGGCAAGGUCAAAAAUAGCACGCAGUUAUCCGAUGAAGAUAAAAUUCGCUUACAGUUCCUACUGGAUGUUGAACAAAUUGGAAAGGAGUUGGACAAGCUAAAGAUCGUCCACAAGGAUACAGUCAACUAUCCCACACUGCUAGCAUUGGUAGAGCCAUUUUCAUCCAUGAAAUAA